CAUGCACGGUCAUUGGGUCGUUCUGACAUCCUGAGUUUGCGGGAAUCAGCUAUGUAGGACAGGGGCCGAGAGCCUGCCCAAGUUUGGGUGGAAGAACCUAACAUCUCUCCGCUCCCAACACCCUCGCCUAUUACGUUCACGCCUGAGCUCCAGCGGCCGCAGCUCAUGCCACGGAGGCGGGACUUCCUGUCUCCCUAAAGAAACAUUUCCGGCCAAAGCCGGAAGCUUCGCUGCGGACCGGCGCGUGCGAGGGUCGCGGCUCCGACCACCCGGGCUAGCCGCGGGGCAGAUCUCCUCAUAUUUUGGAUUCUGGCUGCAUUAUGAUGAAUGACACUUUGACAUCAGAUGUCAUUGGUCGACGAGUUGAAGUUAAUGGAGAACAUGCAACAGUGCAUUUUUCUGGUAUUGUCCCUCCUGUGGCAGGACUCUGGUUAGGAGUAGAAUGGGACAAUCCUGAGAGAGGAAAGCAUGAUGGAAGCCACGAGGGCACUGUGUAUUUUAAAUGCAGGCACCCAACAGGAGGAUCCUUUAUUCGUCCCAACAAAGUAAAUUUUGGAGUGGACUUUCUCACUGCAGUGAAGAAUCGCUAUGUGUUAGAAGAUGGACCAGAGGAAGAUGUAAAUGAGCAAAUCGUUAUAAUUGGAAAGAAACCUGUGGAAGCUAUUGGGUUUGACUCUAUUAUAAAACAGCAAAGUCAGCUGAGCAAGUUGCAAGAAAUUUCUCUGAGGAACUGUGCAGUGAAUUGUGCCGGUGACAGAGGAACAAUUGCCAAAGCAUGUCCUAAUAUCAGAAAAGUAGAUUUGUCAAGAAACCUGUUGUCCUCGUGGGAUGAAGUCCUAGAUAUUGCUGAUCAGCUCAAACACCUGGAAGUUCUUAAUCUCAGUGAGAAUAAACUCCGCUUUCCCUCGGGUUCAUCGUCUCGAACCGGAACAUUUCCUGCACUGAAGGUUUUAGUCCUUAACCGAACAGGAAUAACAUGGGCAGAGGUGCUCCGGUGUGCCUCUGGAUGGCCAGUCCUUGAGGAGCUGUACCUCAAGUCUAAUGAUCUUUUCAUUUCAGAAAGGCCGGCUGAUGUUCUACAGAUGGUCAAAUUAUUAGACCUUUCCUCUAAUCAAUUAAUUGAUGAAAAUCAGCUGCUUCUAAUAGCCUAUCUGCCCAGAUUAGAACAACUAAUCCUUUCCGACAUUGGAAUUUCUUCUAUACAUUUUCCGGAUGCUGGAACUGGGCACAAAACAUCCAUGUUUCCUUCCUUGCAGUACCUCGUAGUAAAUGACAAUCAGAUAUCACAAUGGCCAUUUAUCAACGAGCUGGAUAAGCUACAGAGUCUGCACGCUCUGUCCUGCAUCAGAAACCCCCUGACCGAAGGGAGCAAAGAAGCACAGACCACGCGUCAGCUCAUCAUCGCCAAAAUCGGUCAGUUGAAGACCCUGAACAAAUGCGAGAUUCUGCCGGAGGAGAGGCGGGGGGCCGAGCUUGAUUACCGGAAGGCGUUUGGAAAUGAAUGGAAGAAGGCCGGCGGACAUCAGGACCCAGACAGAAACCGACCCCACGAGGAGUUUCUGCGAGCGCAUCCCAGAUACCAGCUGCUGUGCCUUAAAUACGGUGCGCCUGAAGACGGGGAGCUCCAAACACAACAACCGUUUCUGCUCAAAAACCAGCUACUCACACUGAAGGUAAAAUAUCCUAAUCAAGUUGAUCAGAGAGUCCUAGAGAAACAACUGCCAGACUCCAUGACAAUUCAGAAGGUGAAGGGACUGCUGGCCCGUCUUCUCAAAGUUCCUGUGUCGGAACUUCUGCUGUCCUAUGAAAGCCCCAAAAUGCCUGGCAGAGAGAUUGAACUAGAAAAUGACCAGCAGUCAUUACAGUUUUAUUCUGUGGAAAGUGGAGAUUGUCUAUUGGUGCGAUGGUAAAAGUGAACUAAGAAAGUUCGGGGACUGCACUGUUCAUCAUGACUUGGGGGGGGCACCGGAAAUAAAGGAUUUAUUGGAACAGUUCUGUCAGAAAGAGAGGUUGUACACCUUGCCCUAAGUAUAGAAAAGGUGGUAUUUUUCAUCGGGAAGAGACCAUUUCUAGGCUUGUAUAUAACAGCAGUAAUAAAGGCUUUGCACCUACUAA